AUGUCUUCAGCACAGCAACGUUUGUCUUCUAUUGCCAGCCAGCUCUCCGCUCCCGGAGCAGCAAAGCAGAAGAUCCUGGCCAAGAACCCCGAUGAUGUGGUCAUCACGCUGGCCGUUCGCACUCCCCUGACGAAAGCCCGGAAAGGUGGCUUGAAAGAUACCAACUUGGAUGAUCUGCUCGUGUCGCUACUGACGUCUGUCCGCGAACGAUCGAACCUGGACCCCAACCUUGUCGAGGAUGUCUGCGUCGGAAACGUGCUGUGCCCCGGCAACGCCUACGUCGCUCGCUCUGCCGUGCUGGCGGCCGGGUUCCCCGCGACAGCCGCCGCGUCCAUCGCCAACCGAUUCUGCUCGUCCGGCUUGCUGGCCAUCCAGAACAUUGCCAACCAGAUCAUCUCCGGCUCAAUUAACGUCGGUAUCGCCGUGGGAGCCGAAAGCAUGAGCACCAAUGCCGACGGUGGCGCCCCGGAUAUGUCCGAGAAGAUCAUGUCGCACCCCUUGGCGUCCCAGAACAAGCAGCCCAUGGGUCAAACCUCUGAGAAUGUUGCGGGCCAGUUCAACAUCUCUCGGGAGCAGCACGAUCGAUUCGCUGCGAACAGCUACCAAAAGGCGGAGCGCGCCCAGAAGGCCGGCUGGUUGGACGACGAGAUCGUUCCCGUCCACACCCAGAUCAAGGACCCCAAGACUGGUGAAGUGAAGAAUGUGGUCGUGGACCGGGACGACGGCAUUCGCUACGGCACCACUGCCGAGUCGCUCGGCAAGAUUCGCUCGGCCUUCCCCCAGUGGAAGCCCAGUGCCACUACUGGUGGAAACGCCAGUCAGAUCACCGACGGCGCUGCGGGUCUCAUUCUCAUGAAGAGAUCGCGUGCUCAGGAGCUGGGACAACCCAUUCUGGCCAAGUUCUGCGGAGCUACCGUUGCCGGUCUGGAGCCCAGAAUCAUGGGUAUCGGCCCGUCCAUCGCUAUCCCCAAGAUCCUCGGCAAGUUUGGCUUGUCCAAGGACGAUAUCGAUAUCUUUGAGAUUAACGAGGCGUUUGCCUCUAUGGGCACAUACUGCGUGCAAAAGCUUGGUCUUGACGAGGCCAAAGUGAACCCCCGAGGUGGUGCCAUUGCCAUCGGUCAUCCGCUGGGAUGUACUGGAGCUCGCCAGGCGGUUACUGCUCUUUCCGAGUUGCGACGACAGAACAAGAGAGUGGCCGUCACCUCCAUGUGCGUUGGAACGGGAAUGGGUAUGGCCGGAAUCUUUGUUUCGGAGCACUAA